AUGGAGAUGAUGAAGGUGCUCUCCGUGAGUUUCCUUCAGGAUUGGGACUUGGUAUCUAGUGCAAAUAAUGUUAUAGCAUUUGUAGAAGAAGGCGAUAGUACGAUUUAUAAUGCAACCAUCGCGCCCGGAAACUACAGUAUUGCAAACUUCCCAUUAGCAGUAGCAGACGCUAUGAGCGCCGCCGGAACACAGAGUUAUACUGUUAGUUAUGAUGGAGUGAGCAGGAAGAUUUCCAUAGCAGCAACAGGGCCUAAGAAGUUCAAAAUCCUGCCAGCCACACGUGGAACUACGGCCUACAUUUUGACCGGGCAGUCUCGCUGGACCGAGACUGGAUAUUACCAAAUGGUAACAUUGAAGAACCCAGUUAACCUCUCGGGUUCAUAUCCAGUUCUACUCACGAGUAACAUUCAAGUAAAGGGAAGCCGCUACCUCAGUGACUUCAAUGAUUCUGCGCAAUCUGUAGUUGCUGCAGUUGUCCCUGAUAGUUUCGGUGAUGUAGUGACCUGGACCAAUGAUGGGGGAGAAUGGCUUCCCGUAGAUGAUACCAUAUCUAAAAUCGAAUUCUAUCUGAUUGACUCGAUGACCGGUUUGGAAGUUGCAUUGAAUAGUCCCUUAACGAAACAAAUGGAAGAAUUAGAUCCAAAUCAAGAAUCGAGCGCCGCUCCACAAGAGAAUGUAGAAAAACCCACAGAACAAGUCCCUGUUCAACAAGCAGAAAAGAAACCAGAACAACCUCCUAUGCAGAAAGUAAAGCGUCCAAUGACAGAUAAGCAAAGGGCCGCAUUAGAGAAGGCCCAAAAGGCCCGAGCCGCACAGUUACGUGAGAUGCAGGCCAAACGUGAACAGGAAAGGGAAGAGCAGGAGAAGCAGAUGAAACUCGAUGAAGCGAAACGCGUUCUUGAGCAAGAGAAGGAAAGAAAAAGGAAAGAGAAAGAGGAGCGAGCCAUGAAGAGAGCAAAGGCCUCAAAUGCACCGAAGAAGAAGCAACCCGCUACAGUGAGCCGCGCGGUUCGAAGGACAGCGACCCCCCAAAGGGGGAGCGCUGGGACGAAGUCAAAGCGCCUGCACCUUUCAACCAUUAAAGACUCUACAGGACGAAUGGUCAGGGUGUAUGGUUGA